AUGCAACGCUGUGCAGCCUUUAUUCUACGUAACUCACUACGACAACGAUCACAACUUGUACCAAGGGCUUCAUUUGCCUUAAGAACUUGGGCUCCUCAUGCACCACGAACGGUCCAAUUCGCACGCAAUCCAUGGGCUUCUUUCCAUACAUGGCGGCCGUUGCAAAAGGAGGAACAAGACGAAAGCGUCGAUCCCAAACAACAAAUGCUUAUUGGUUUCACUUGCGAAGUAUGCAAAGAGCGAUCGCACCAUGUCAUGUCAAAGCUGGCUUAUACAAAGGGAGUGGUCUUGAUCGAGUGUCCCGGCUGCAAGAAUCGUCACUUGAUUGCAGACAACCUCGGCUGGUUCCGAGACUCAGCGACGACUGUGGAGGAUUUGGUCAAGGAAAAGGGAGAGGCUAUUCGCAAGGUGAUUGUGGAUGACAAGGGCGUUGAGCAUGAAGUGCCAGAUAUCAUGGAAUGGUUACCCGACAUUAGCGAGGAAGAGCGUCUCAAGAAGGAAAAGGCACGCCAAGAAGCUGACAGGCUACGACAAGAACAAGAAUCAAAGCAGGAUCAGUAA